UGUUAAGAAAAUGAACUCGAUUAUAGUUUUCAUUUACUUGUGUUUCUUUGUGCAAUAUUUGAAUGGUAUCACAAUUGUUAGCCGAAAAAAAGAGAAUGGUAAAUUGGAAUCGCAUUGUGUUAAAACUGAUGAAAGCGAAACAUUAACUUGGCUGACGCCGUACGAUGAAUCGUUUUAUAAAUACAAAAGCAAUAAUUCAAGCAAUCUUUCCAAGCCGCUAGGUUUGAUCCCCGGUUGGAGAAUCGAUCAAGGUUAUAAAUAUCUAUUAGGCCCAAUUCUCGAUCACAGAUGGCAAUAUUUCGAAACUUUUAUAAGUAAAGAUAAUAAAAAUGUGAAGAAGAAUUUAUCGGAGAUUUUGGAUGACUUCUUUGAGUUCACGUUUUCGUUGAGAUAUAGACGUGAUGCUGAAAUGUCAUUUUAUUACAAUAAUCAAUUGAAGCUAAGAAUGUCAUUUAGUAAUGAUAAUGUAACGUCUGUUUUUUGUCCAGAUCAGGCGAUUAAUUGUACUAACGAGAAGCUGAUCCAAAAUAAUUUGCAAAAUUACAAUGUCGAUUCAUGGAAUCACUUCACUAUAAGAUAUAAUAAAAACAAUGGAAGAUACAUUCUACUGCUGAAUGGAAAAUCUAUACAGAAUGAAUAUGUUCGUCAUUUUGGAUUAAGUAGUUUAGAUAUGAAAUCGUUUGAAGGCGCAUUGUGGAAACUGCACUCAUAUAAUAUUUGGGUAAAGGAUGUCGUCGGAAAAAAUGUUAUCUUCUUGAACAUUAUUCCAGAUUAUAACAAUAAGUUGUGCUUCUCCACUUAUUUUUAUUUUGUUAAUGAAAUAACUGUCGAAAUAAGAUUAGGUUCAACCAUUAUUAAGAAUCAGAAGUUUAAAAAUGAAAGAAUCGGUUGGAAGUUCGUCAAAAUGGAAGCAAACGUGCAAGAUGCGACAAAAGUUUACUCGUUUCAGUUAUUGAAUUACCGACAGAACGAAGUUAUUUUCAGCAAUAUGAAAUAUAAUGCAGAUUGCGAAACGAAUAUCAAUCAAAUUUCUAUGGAAUUUGAUGUUGGGCAAAUUGAACAGGUUUCGUGCGUAUCUUUGAACAAUCCGAAUUCUUCUAUUAGAAUGGGCGAAAGUGUUGUUAAUUCCAACAAAAGUAGUAACGUUUGUUCAAUCGAUGAAUUUGGAAACGAUUGCAUCAAAUGUAAAUCAGUUUUUAACACUGAUGGUUGCGAGAAUACGUUGAUUUGUGCGGAGACAAACAAAUGCUACUGUCAGCCUGGACACCAAGGAAAAUAUUGCGAAACAAAAUGCGAUGAUUUAAAGAAGAACGUUUUCGGAUCCAAUUGCGUCGAUAAAUGUGGAAAUUGCAAGGACAAUGAGCAAUGCCAUUAUGUCACUGGACACUGUCCGAACGGAUGCAAAAAAUCUUACUUGGAGCCAUUCUGUAAUGAGAGACAAUAUUGCAAAGAUGUGAAAAGAGAUGAUGUCUUGGAAAACAUAGUGAACGGAAAGAUUACAUUUCAAUUUAAAGAAAGUGACGAUGUUGAAAAAUGUACCAAUGAUGAUUAUCUAAUAAAAACAUUGGAUAAAAACAAUAAGGAAACAAACGAAUUUAAUCCAAAUUCGAAUUACGUGAUUGAAUUUUGGAGAAAUAACAAGUUUGUGUUCAAGUACAAUAUAACAACGGAUGAACUAAAGCUUGGAUCAAUUAACGAAGCGAAAACAAACUCAAACGUUACGUCUAUUUAUUUAUCUUGGACGCCUCCAGAUGAAGCGCUUGGAAAUAAUCUGAAUUAUUCCAUCACCUAUAGACUCCAACCCACAGACGAUUGUGUGGAAAGCUUAAAACAUUUGACGAAUCCGCAAACGGUUUACGUUCAAACUGAAUUUGUUAAUGUAACUAACUUAAGGCCACAUUCGACGUACGUUUUCGAAGUGCAAGCUUUUAAUAAAUAUGUGGGCGAAGUGAAGAGCAUCAUUGAAAAAACUAGUUCCAGAGAAAUACCAAAUCAAGAGAGUUAUGUGAUCCAUAACAUUUCGGUGACGGCUAAUACAAUGAGUGUCUAUUUGCAAAAGAAUUGCGAGCGUAUCGAAUCCGACGUUGCUUUCAGAUUAAACUUACAAUGUUUUGAUAGUUGGUGUACAAAUUUGACAAAAACCUAUGGUUUCAAUCAAAGUGUUUUGUCCAUCGACGAUUUGAAACCAUUUACAAAAUAUACUGUAUUAAUCGAGAUGGCAACGGAAAUAAAUUUUGAAAAAACUGUAUCCAUGCAACCGAAGCAAGUGAAAACGGAACCAUCAGUUCCGAAGGAGUUAAGAGAUAUGGAGGUAUAUUCAAUUUCUGAUACCGGAAUUUCGUUAGUAUUUGACAUACCUUAUCCGCCUACUGGAAUUUUAGAAGAAAUCCAAAUAAACGACGAAAAAAUUACUUGGGAGUAUUGCAGCAUUUGGAAAAAUCGAUUUUGCUCUAAAAUUAGUACAAGAAUUUGUGACAAAUUGACGGUUAAAUUAAAAAAUAUGAAUGUACCUAAUAUUAAAUCGUAUUCAAUUAACAGGGAUUGUCAAGAAAAAGAACCAGAUUCACCGCAAAACUUGCAACAGAAUUGGGACGAAGAUUCCAAUUUGAUUUUAACUUGGGAACAUCCGUUACGCAUGAACGGCGAAUUUGACAAAUUUAUAAUUUCGUACGCAAAUAAGACUGUGGAUUUUGUAACGCAAGAGAAUCUCAGAUAUAAUCACAAGAUUAGGGCAGAGGAGAUUUGUUCGAGUGAGAUUAAUAAUCUGAUUUUAAAAGUUUCGACGAAGAAUAAAAAGUAUGAUGCAAAAGGUACCGAAAUUCAUAUAAAUUGUCCCGUUGUACAAUUUAUGGAUUCGACUGCAACAGACGAUGACAUUAACAUUUUUGUUAUAAUUGUUGGAAAUAAUUUGUAAACUUUAUUCAACUUAUUAUAUACAUAAAUAUAUAAAUUUAAAUGGGGUUCUGUCAAUAUUCCGGACUAAACGAGGACUUUAAAACCAUACUAUUUAGUGAAUCCGGACAAUGCGAUGAAUUGCACUACGUAUCUGUAAGUUUUUUUUGUGAAUAGAUUUGAAAUCAACAAAAACUUAUAAAUAUAUUUUCAUUUUGUAUGACUGUUCGCUUGUUUGUAGAUAAGUUUGUACUUUAAAAUCUAAUGUAAGGUAAACAAGGAUUUUGUGAACAAAUUAAAUUAAAAUACGAUAGUUUUAAAUAAUAGUAAUUAGGGCUCUUUUUGAGGAAAUAUUAACAGUAAGAAAAAAAAGAUAUAUUUCCAAUAAUGUUUUUGUUGCGAAAAUACAUUAAUUUUGAAGAUAAGUCGUCGAGACGUUGUAUCCAUCUCGAUGAAACGUACAAAUGGCCUGUCGGCAUGUGUAUUUCGAAAACGCAUAAAGGCAUUCGUUUGGAAUGGAUCACUGCGAAUUCACCAGUCGCAGAAUGUCCAUUACGUGUCUGGCAUCGUCGACUUCGAAGUCUCGAACACUCUUUAAUAAUAUCUAACAUUUGCAGAGAUGCAUCAGAGAGUAAUCAUUCCAUUUGCAAAUUCCGCACAAAUUCUAUUAACAUAAUUAAAUUUAUUUUACUAACUUAUAAUAUUUGUAUUAAUAAGCUUAAUGUCAA